UGCGCCUAGCUAACCGCUUGUGUAAGAGUUGGUGUAACGUGUUGGAUCCUGGUUUGUUUAUUUGAUGAUUAUUGUCGUCUGUUUUGAUCUGUUGCCUGUGACCUGGAAGAUCCUGUCUGCUCACAGCCCUCUGCUUUUGGAUUCGCCCUGACCAUCUUCCUGCUUUUUGGAUUUGCCCCCAAGCUUGUGUAUGGACUGUGGCUCUGUCGCCAUCCUGUGGGCUCUGUGUCAUUGUGGUGAAGAGUGGCCAUAUCGACCUAUUGAAAAUGUCUAAUUGUCCUGUUUACAUGAUAAAAGAGGAACCGUUUACUCAUUCAGAGGUCCUGCAAAUAUUAGAAAACCCGGGAUCUAAGAACAUAUCUACAGUACCUGCUAGAAAACCUGAACAUGGGCAAGUUUACGUGUAUAGUUACAAAGAUAAACCUGAAGCUUAUAAAAACUGGCGAGCGGACCGGUGCCAGUGGAAACACAAAGGAAUCCAGCGCUUACCAAAAAAGGAUCCAGUGCUAGGGAAAAUUUACCAUCAGCUAACAGUUAACGGUGAAACUGUUAACUUCCACCGCUAUGGCUAUGAACAUAAAGAUCCCACAAUAAAAUUUGUAGUUGUCCAUUAUCUUGGAAAUAAGGACACAGUACUUAAAAAGGGUGUAUACGGUGUCAAGCCACAAUCCCCAAAGCGAAUCGAUAUGGAGACCUUGUCGUCAGUUUAUUCCUAUGAGCCUACACCAAUGGAGGAAACGCAGAGUGACAUUAACAAAGCCCCAAUUGCUGAAACUACAACCACUAAUGACUAUGUGACUGUGCAAGUACCUGGAGAUGCUGAAGAAACCUCCAAUAAGCCUAUAAAUGAAAACAGAAAAAGAAAACUUAAAUGUGAUGAGCUACGUAACGUGUACGAACUUCAUUUAACUUUGGACAAUUUCAUUACAAACCUUUCCCUUGUUCCUGAGUUUAGCGUGGUUCUUGCACUGCCGGAAAUUGUGGAGAUAUUUAACAGUUUAACUAGUAUUGAGUCGAAGGCCGUGCUCUACUAUGAUACCUCAGCUCAGUUCGGAGACUUUUAUGUAUCGACACUUAUCUUAUUGUAUAGUAUUUUUGAGGAAAGGCCUUGUAUACCACUUGCGGGACUUAUACACAAGACAAAGAAUCAGAAGGUUCACCAGUGUUUUUUUGAUAGUGUUAAAGAUACGAUUCCGACCAUUAACACACCAGGUGUAACUAUUGUGACAGCCAGGGAGCCCGGAGUUGCGCAGGCUAUUGAGGAGAGCGUGCCAAAUGCUAAGCAAGUCUUUUGUUGGAAUGAUUUGCUGAAGGAGGUUGAGGAUUGGGUGACCAAGCAUGAGACCUCAGAGGCAGACCAGAAUUUGUACAUCAACGAUGUCCUGAUUUUAUUAAAAUGUGACUCAGCAUUAGACUAUGAGACAUCCCUUUACCCCUUAAAAAGUAAAUGGAGCAACCAAUUCAUGACUCAUUUUGACUCUAAAUUGAAAAUCGACAUCAAAAACAGUGGAAAAUGGGUACUGGAAGAACUGGGCAUAUACAAAAGUGGCGGUGUAGUGACGACAAGCGUUUCGGACGGUUUGAAUAUAAUUCUGAAAAGAAUGAUUCAGUGGGAAGUGGUGAGUUUGGAGAACAUGGUGCUUGCGUUUUAUUUUUUGCAGACCUUUUAUCAACAGGAAAUAAUUCAAGGAUACUGUAACACUGGAUACUACCGUUUAAAAGAAGAGCUUAAAAGCUUGAAAGUGGAAGCGUCGGCCAUUACACUUCCAGCUGAUUACAUGAGCUUGCAAGCGUUGAUAAAUCUGUUUAAGAGCGACGCCACAAACGCAAGAGAAACCGAAAAUAAACCACUCGUGGUCAUGCAAAGACUAGCAGAAUGGAUUGUUGCUCAAAAUAGAGUAUAUCUUGAAAGUCAGUCGGCUAAGUUCAGUGUCAAAGGGUUAAGAAACAAGGAUUUUGUUGUAUCGCUUUUUCCUGAAGAAAAAUGCUCGUGUAAUAGCACACAAUCCUGCUACCACAUCAUGGCAUCUAGACUUGCUGUUGGUUUGUAAGUUUUAGAUGCCAAUGACUGAUUUAUUAUAUCAUUAAGAAAAUGUGACAUCUGUAAUGUUACCGUCUACCGCGUAAAAUAAGCCGUUUCCAUGUAUCUUUGGGUUAUAUUAUAUUUUUGGUUGAGGCAGCCUUUAUCAAGGUGGCUGAGUAGAUGGGCGAGAACUUCAGGACUGGGAGCUGAAUACCACUCUGAAACAAAGUGAAACUUUUUGAUCUGAACUUUUUAAAUGAUGUGGCUCCAAAACAAUUACACAGAUCGCCAAACAUAGACCAAAAGUUAUUGCUCGUUUUUUUUGUUUUUUUUUAAUAUCUUGUUUAUUAGCAUUCGUUAAAAAUGACAAAACAUGUAUGUAAAUAUACAGGUUACAUGCUGUGUAGUAGUCGCAUUGGUAUGGCAAUACAUUCAAAUAGCAGUUAUUAUACAUCUAUAUGAGUUACAGUAGUGUCGGCGCAUUGGAAGUGCAACAAAUCACAAAUGCGUAAUAGUUUUACAUUUGUAAUAGAUUCAAAUCAAAUAAAAAGCAAACAUGUUGCAAA